CCCCCACCAUGGUGAAGAACGGGUUUUCGCCGCGUUCAAAGAAUAAUUUAGUAUUUUAAAUAUGUUUCAUCAGUAUUCAACUAAUUCAUUUGGACAUAUUCGGGAUGAUACUAUCAAGUAUGCGCGUACCUUUUGUACUUUCAUCCAACACCGCGGUCCACAAGUGGGAUGUAUGCCUGACUUCUCUUAAUAGCCAUUUUUUGCAGACAAAGAGAGCUGCUGAAUAGGGCUUUCAAGAGGCACACGGGUCCUGCGGGCUCCUGUUGAUGAAGAAAGUGGGAAACAUGUGGAGCAACCUGAAGAGCAAAUGUCAGACACUCUUUCACAACAACAGUUCCGGGCCCAGUGAAAGCAGGGAUGAGGCCAAUAUCGUCCUCUGUGUGGUGGAUCUGGGCCUCGGCGGCAGCUCAGGUGAAGCACAGGCAUCAGGCGCCUCCAGCCCAUCGCGGAGCCUCCUGCCAGUGCCGAUGGCUACAGUGGGACGCCGCCACCAUAACUGCGUGUCGGACACCCCUCAGAUAGUGGAGAUUACAAUCGACAAGGAAACUGAGGAUGUGCGAGGGGGAUCGGGGGUUCCCAUGGCCCGGAGAGAUUCCUAUUCCCGUCAUGCUCCAUGGGGGGGCAAGAAAAAACACUCAUUUUCCUCCAAAACCCAGAGCUCUUUGGAGGCAGAGAGGCGUUUUGGAUGCCUACGGGGAAGUGGGAAUCGUAGGGACAGGCGUUACGGGGUCGGCUCCAUCCAGGAGAUGUGUGACUCUGUAUCUGGAGGACGCCGUCUGAACGCUCGAUCUUUGCGCCAGCGGCUAAGGGAUACAGUCGGGCUGUGCUUACCGCUGCCCGCUCGCAGACGCUCCCGUUCUGCUAAGAACCCUGUCGCCUCUAAACGGAAGAUUCACCUGACUGAGCUCAUGCUGGAGACCUGCCCCUUCCCGCCAGGCUCAGACCUUGCACACAAGUGGCACCUGAUCAAGCAACACACAGCACCGGUCAGCCCGCAUUCCUCCUCUGCCCUGCUGGACGCUUUUGACCCGGCCCACCCAUCUCCCGAAGACGAGGAGGAACGUCUGCGUGAACGCCGUCGACUUAGUAUUGAGGAAGGUGUGGAUCCACCACCCAAUGCACAGAUCCACACCCUGGAAGCCUCAGUGCCGGGCUCCUCUCUCUACAAACUGGGACCAAAGAUGGCUCCUUGCACAGGAGAGGCCUCUGGGGAAAGUCGGGCCUCAGGGGCCAUCAGUUCUGUGGCCACUGGAUCAUCAGGGGCCUGUGGGCCGGUGUUGGGAGCUGCAGCAUCAGCCCAGGACUGUGACUCUGAAGAGGAUUCGACCACCCUCUGUCUGCAGACCCGGAGGCCCAAGCAGAGGAACGCCUCUGGGGACGGUCACCAGAGCAGGCAGCAGCCUGGCCCCUGGAAAGUUCACACUCAGAUAGACUACAUCCACUGCCUGGUGCCGGACCUACUGCAAAUCACAGCUCUGCCCUGCUACUGGGGCGUGAUGGACCGCUACGAGGCCGAAACGCUGCUGGAUGGACGGCCUGAGGGCACCUUCCUGCUGCGUGACUCAGCCCAGGAAGACUAUCUCUUCUCCGUUAGCUUCCGCCGAUACAACCGCUCGCUGCACGCACGCAUUGAGCAGUGGAACCACAACUUCAGCUUUGACGCCCAUGACCCUUGUGUUUUCCACUCUUCCACCGUCACAGGACUGCUGGAGCACUAUAAGGACCCCAGCGCCUGCAUGUUUUUUGAACCGUUGCUCACGGCGCCUCUCCAUCGGACUUUUCCUUUUGGCCUGCAGGACCUAGCACGAGCCGCCACCUGCCGCUGGACCACUUACGAUGGUAUCGGCUCUCUGCAGCUGCCCCCUGCCCUGCAGGACUUCCUCAAGGAGUAUCACUAUAAACAGAAAGUACGAAUUCGCUGGCUGGAGAGGGAACCGCCACUCAAAGUGAAAUAGGGUGCCCUUAUCCAUUGCCUGUACAGACUGCAGGAGGAUUACAGAACUUAAAAACAAACAAGAAAAAUCCUCAUUAGGCUAUACUGAUAUGCCCUCUUUCUGGUGAGGGACGGAUUUAAAUGUAACAAGCUACACAAGAUUAAUUCUAAUCUUUGUUUUAGUUAUUAUUUUCAUCACAGAAAAUACAUAUGAUUAUAUUUAGUAUAACGCUGUCUGGCAAGCACAUGUUUUUGUGUCGAACAGGUUGCUUUGGCGGAGAGGGAAGGCAAAUAUCAGUGCUUUGUGUAUUUCUUUUGCUGCUUUGUGCUAAAUGUCUGCCUGAUCCCACAACAUCACCCUGCCUGGAGACCUGCCUGCAUGCUUCCCCGUAUUCAACCCAAAUUGCUAUUUAGGCCCACAUGGCUACAUUGUACAAUUCACUUUGUGCUUUCUGUAUUUAAUUUUUCUUCCUUAGCUAAAGCACCAUGUGCGCACGUGUGGGGGAUCUGGAGAUGCUAUUUUAUUGCAGUCAGAGCUUGUCCCACAGAGUGAGCUACAUACGGCACAUUCUUUGCCAUCUCUUUGCACGCACAAGCAUCAGCUCAGCCAGGGUCAGAUUUUGAGAGGGUCCACUGAGUUCAGGACGGCACGUCAGGGAAAUGAAGUGCUUUCUAAGGACUAUAGAUUAGUCCUUUAAAAAAAAAAAAAAAACGUAGUUCCUCCUGAAGCAGUAAUAGUGAAUGUGUGUCCCAUUUAGUGAGCAAGCGGAACACGUCAACUUUAUUCCCACUGUGCGUCAGCGCUUUCAAAACUGAAUAUUUUCUUACAAUCUGUCCCUCCUAACAAUUCAAUCCAUAGCUGCAGUUAUCGCAGCUGUUUGACAGUUUUUUGUUGUGCAUAGUUCAUUUCUCCAUGUGUGCAAUUUAGCUCCAAGGUUGACAUUUGCGCAGUCUGCUGUCGUUGUGGAAUCAUGUUAAGGCUCAGUAGAUUUACAUUUUAAACCUGCGUCCCUCAUUUAAUUUAGGUAUUUUUUGGUGGCAUCUGGAAUAUGCUUCUCCCAGUCCGAUAGUUAUCUUCACCAGAUAAUUGUUACGUUGGUGCAGAUCACUUUGACCAUUGGUUACAGUAAGGAUCGCUAACAAGUCUUCUCAGAAGACUCAAGGGCACGCGUGACAAGCUGUAUGUGACAACAAUUCCAAAUGCUAGUGUCCUUUUAAAAAUUACUGUGAAUUUAUCUGAAGAAACAAGAAUCUGCUUGUUAAAAUUGGGAGCUGCAACUCUCACAAUUUAGUUAGUUCUACCCCAUUACACCUUAAUUUAUAUUUCUUUUUUGAAACCAUGUUAAUGUGUUUUUCAAUGAAGAUCACUGUUGCCAACAGAAAGGAAGUGACUUCGCCUUUUCUUUGGAGUUGAUGUCCCCAAUUUUAUAAACAUAACCUCUCAACCUCAACACAUCUCCUUGACGCCCAACUGCAUUUAUAGUCCCCAGUUAUAGCUCUCAGCGGAGGCAACACUCUGGAGAGGUUGGCAUAUCUCAGAGCUUUAGUUAUGUAACCUGAAUGAUUUUAUUUGGGACAAAAACCCUGCCAGCCAGCUGCUCACUUCUGUUUUUGUUCUCAUUGUGAAGAGGAAAUAAGUGUAACCUAUGUGCCUUUCAGAGAUCAAUUUAUCCCGCUCCAUAAUAAUUAGUUGCUUUGGAAUCCAAAAUCUGCGGCAUGUGUCGUUUCAACUCUGUCCACUCGGGUGCCAUCAAUCAAAACUGAAGAGAAUAAUAGAGGCGAGCUGGAAGCGCACCUACUCACGGUGCACGUUGAACGUUUUUGUAACGGAUACAAUCUCAGUGGUGCUCUGUUGGUUUGAGCAAUGACAGAUUAUUGAAAUAAAUUGUAAAUUAGUUACAUCUCGCGAAUGCAUGCAUUAGUCUCUCACCAUAUAUGCCUGUAUGGUAUUAUGUUUUUAGUAGGUCCAAGCCAGCCCUACUGUAGCAUAUUUCAGUCGAAGACAAAUCAAACUCCAGCUCUCGCACGUGUCAGCGACUUGGCGUACAAAUCCUAGACUUUUUACUGUGAGGAUUUUGUCAUUUGCUCGUGUUCAUCAAUUCAUCAGCAACAGUGUUAGUUCUAGCUCUUAGUAGUAGUAGUAAUAAUACAUAUUACCUGGCUUUUUUUAAAGGAAAGAAAAGAGAAAUUUGGAGACGGGCAAAGACGAGAAGAGCGAUUCCCUUACGACAUGCUUUCUAGCUAACAUAAUUUACUGGAAAGCAUGGAGAUGCAGAAGAAGUGUGAAACUUCAAUGAUAUAUAUUAAUGUAUAUAUUAAUAUUAAAGGUGAAACCCUGAAAUGCAACAUUGAAAACCUUCCCUCUGCCAAACUACCAUCGUAUUUUCACUUGUUUAUCAGGCAGAGAACCAGACACAUUUUUUUUAUGCAGGUGUUGAAAGAUAAGCCAGGGGUGAGGGGCAUACGAUUAACAUUUGAGUCAACACUUUGGUGUUUCAGGAGUUUUCAGGCAUCCACACUGUCGAGUAGAAGAAAGCCGGAUCAACUUGAAAACCCACAGAAAUCACACCACCUUGCUCAAUGUCACCCGUCUUUCCAUGCUACUGCCAAGCAAGAGCAAACAUCCUUGCAGCACCCCCCGACCUCACUUGCUGGCAUUAAUCACAAGCUAAUUUUACCAUGUUGGGGAUAAAAAUGUACUGGAUCCUAAAAGGAUCACUGUGUUGCCUCAAGGCUGCUGUCCUUUUUUAAAUUUAUUUUUUAUCCAACUACUCUCUCUUCCCCAUCCUCACACCCCAAUCUGGCCACAUCUGGAGGCUAAAGUUAACAUUAAGGAGCCAGCACCAGCAUAGGGAGGAGGAGGAGUUGGAGGAAGAAAGGAGUGAGCUCACCGAGAGCCAUGGCUUUCGGUUUUUGUGGCAACAGCGAGGGUUUGGGAUUUGUUGAAGUAAAAAAGCACUUUAAUUGCGACAGUGCAGUGUAGUCUGCAAAGUAUGACAGCGACGUUCUUUUUUUUCUUCUCUCGUUGCAUUGGCGCUUAACUCCAGCAUAUUGGAUUUACAAUGACAAGUUGGGCUGAGUGACAACUUUAAGGCUUUGAUUUGCAUCCGUAUUGGGCAAACAUGACAGCGAUUUUACUUUUGGAAAUGUAACCUACUUAGGUCAUCACAUAAAGAAUUUGGGUGAAUGUAUUUCUUGCAAUCAAUCGCUGCUGAAUUAUACCGUGCGUAUACACAUUAUCAAACAAUUGAUCUAUGUCCUGCAAGGCCUUUGUUCUUUAUUCUGGCUUAUGGUCAUUUUAUGUACUUGCACAAGUAAAAUAUCCACAUUCAGUCAGGUAACUGCCAGACAAGAACUCCAUUGGUUGUCUUGUCUGUAAGUUAACGAUCAUUGUUGGCCUGCUUUGACUAAACUCGGGGAUCAUAUAUGUAAAGAGCUACCCACUCUAUACAUCCAAUAUGGAUUUUAAUGUCCCCAGCACCUGAAUCAAAGCAGAGUUGUCACUUUAACCUUUAAGAGUUGUGUUUCAUAUAGAGCCCAACCUGAAAAAGUCCUACUGUCUGAAUAUUUAUUGACGACACUCUUUUUAGCUCAAAGCAAGAGCAAGUAAUACUUGCGUGAGUGUUGGAGGGGACGCAAAGUGGACUGUGAGAGGCGACAACGCCAACUCCUAUGAACACCCCCUUCUCAGGCAGGCCUAUUGCGAGGAGAGUCCCGCGACCAUCUCGACCCAUUUUAUUCCCCAUGGGAAAUAUCCAAUAUUAAGCGUAGCACAUGUUUGCCAUAUAAAUCCCUUUUAGAUUUAGAAGAGGGGAAAUACAAUUUUUUUAAACUCAUUGUAUAAAUGAUGGGAGUAAUGUAAUAGGGGACUGAUGAAAAUAAGUUUGUAUACUUCUGUGGUGCUUUAACUUUUUUGAACAUACAUUUUGCACACACUUGCUCUCACUCGCAUCUGGACUAACUCCCAGGUAUUGACACAUCUGCCCCCCCCCCCCCUGCUGUAACCGAAGCAGAGUGAUGUGUACAUGGACCACAUUUAGCCAGCACCACCUUUGUGUCAUCCCCUUUGCCCCAGAAAAGGGCGGUGCCAAGAUGGGUGUUUACGUGUAUAUUCAUAAUCUAUGUUCUCCAGGAAAAUAAAAUGCCGUGAAUUGAACUAUUUUGUCCUUACAUUGGUUUGACACCAUUUCGCUGCACUAUGAGAGCCUCGUUUUGAGGCAAGAAACCACUGGGUCCGGUCUGGAUGAGAGAUGGGCUAGUUGUGUCGCUAGCAGUCCUGCUAAAUUACUGCAACUUCCCUGCAUGAAGGACUUCUUACCCCACCCUCCUUCGUAGUAAUCAUGGUUUCAGCUCUUAGAGAACAAAUACAUAAAUAUUUUUUUUUUAGAUGUUCAUGUUCCCAUAUAUAUAUUUUAGAAAGCUGGGUUAAGUGCUAUAUGCAAGCAGAAAAAAAGAUGUAGGAAAUAAUUAUAAUUUUCCAUUAUUACUUCUCCCUAAUAUGCAAUGGAGUGUAGUGUAACAAUGGUUGCAAUCCUCUGUCACUUUAAUGCUGUACGUGCACAUCGGUUGCUGUGUGGAUGUCGGGUGCCGAGGAAACAGGACUUUACAAUGAUGGGAACUAAUAGUUGUCACUUCGCAGCACCGCUGUGUUCCCAGAGCGCCUUAUUCGUUCCAACCAAUCACAGAUAGUCCCCGGGCCGCAGUCGCUGCCACAGGCUGACCACACUGUUGUCGGACGAAUAUUGCUGUACCAUUAUCUUCUGCUUUUCAUCGCUUUUCUUUUCCCUUUUUUUCUUUUUCUUCUGCUGUCAGGUAGGAUUUUGAGCGUGUAAAUGGCAUAAUCAUGUUCACAUUUCACUGUCUGUUCUGUAUAUCUGCUUCACCAUUCAAAGAGACAAACAAAACUGUUUUCCAGUAUAACCUUUUCAUUUUUAAGAGCGGUAUGAUGCGACACUUGUAGCUGUCACUCUUGGUGCUUGGCUUAUGCUUCAUUGUCUUAAUAUUCCAAAUAAAACUGUUAAGUGUAAUCCACACUGGCCCAUUAUAUAA